AUGGACCCGCGGGUGUUUGAUGGCGUAGGAGCCGAUUGGGAGAAGCUAAAUCAGCAAGCGGUGAUUCCUGUGAUCUCUCGAUCCACCUUAGACUGCGAGCGCCCAUCGGAGCGCAGAGAGCGGCUCAAUCUGGCAGCCGCGAGAAAGGAGGAACUUCGCCAGCAGCGUGCUGCACAGCAGAUUCAGGAUGUCCUCGCCGAUCGGUUCCACCAAAGGCCCUUGGCGAGCUCUGACGCACCUUCGGCCCAGCCUGUGCCGAGCUGGCAGGAGGACUCCUGUCACGAUCGCACAUGCAGCUCCAGGCCAAGCUGGGCAGUGCCCAAGCCUUCGCUACGAAUGCCACGGUCGAUGGAGGUUCGCCCCAUUGGCCAGGCCAGUGCUGCGCCAUGGACGGUACCCAAGAUCGUCCGGAGAGCCGCUGCAGAGCCGGCGCCGACGCCAGAGAAGGCCGACUUGGAGGCUGCGGCACCUGAGCCGUCACAGCCGUCCAAGCCACGGGCCAAGUUCGCCACCUGGACCCAGGAGGUCAGUGGACGCGCCUUGGCCUCCGCCUCCACUGCGGCCUCCGCGCCCAAGGCGCGCACUCCAGCCGAUGCUGAGCCCACUGUCGACAAGCCCCAUGCUUCCAGAGAGGAGGUGCAAAAGCUGAGUGCAGGGCAGGCCGAGCUCGAAAAUAUGCCCGAUCAACUUCGCAGAGAUCGAGAUGCAGUGGUGGCUGCAGUUCGAAAUGACGGGCAUGCCCUUCAGCACGCCAGCGAGGACCUUCGUGCUGAUCGCCAUGUUGUCCUCCUGGCAGUGGAGGAGAACGGCCUGGCACUGCGGCAUGCUGCGCAGGCGUUGUGCAGCGACCCGGACAUUGUCCUCGCCGCAAUUCGUCAGAACGGCCUGGCCCUGCAGCGACCCGGCUGGUUUACAAGGCUCCAGGGAACCACCUUCAGCCCUGAAGCUAUGGAGGGAACUCCAAGCCUCGAUGCAUCUCGGAGCAACCCAGACCUUUGGGAAGAUGACGGAGCUUCGUCCGUGUACUCUGAGGCGGAGGUCAUGGACGAGUCAAUGUGCAUUCGCAGCAGGGAAGAUCCGUAUGUCCCGUACGAGUCUUACACACCCGAGACGGAUGACUACGACAUGCUCACCGCACCUUUGCUUCCAGCAAGGCAAUCCCCAGAGGAACUCGAAAGCAAGCAGAAGUCGGCUCUUCGAAGCCGGAUUGCCAGAGGUGGGAGCUUGUCCGUCAUGACGCACUACCGAAACGUCUUGGCCAAGAUGGAGGGCACCAACGUCGAACACCAUGCCAGUGUUCCGUCCGUUUUCAAGAUCGCCGAGACCAAUCGUGUACGCCUUCCAUCAAGUGACAGUCUGUCCACAGCCAUCGCCAGCUGGGAUACCGAAUCCGACUGCUCCACGCCAGGAUCGGUCACCAUGACAGGAGUCGCUUUCUCCGUGAUGCCCUUCUUGACAUCGGAGUUGCUGUGCUGGAAGGGCACCUCAUGGACCACAGCCUUCCCCUAUUCCCCCUAUGCAGGGUUUCAGUUGCAGCAGUUUGCUGGUCUCUCAACCCACCCGGCAGGCUCUAGACCGAUGGUUUCAAUGAGCAUGUGCGACAAAUCCUGCUGGCGAGGGGACUACGGCUGCUUCUAG